CAGCACCGGUAGUGGCGCUCCUCCAAUUUCACCAAAUCGCGUUCAACAUGUCGGCAGCAGGGAACCCCACUCGUGGCACGUUACAAGCCAUCAAAUAUAAGCGAGGUAGCUUGGAAAUUCUUGAUCAACGUAUUCUUCCUCACGAGACCAAAUAUCUCAAGGUUGAAGUGACUCAAGAUGCAUGGGAAGCGAUCAGAGAGAUGAAGGUGCGUGGAGCUCCAGCCAUUGCCAUCACAGGCUGUCUCAGCAUUGCUGUAGAACUCGACAAAACCGAGAAUAAAUCUAAGGAAGAGCUAUGCAAGUUUGUAAAGUCCAAGUUGGAUUACCUGAUAACGGCAAGGCCAACUGCUGUAAAUAUGAGGGAUGCCGCAACUACUGUCAUGAUUUGGCUAGAGGCUGUGGCAGGGGAUGAGAAAAAGAGCCCAGAUGAUGUUCGAUUGUUGUUGAUUGAGUUUAUCGAAAAGAUGUUGGAAGAUGAUGUACAGUGUAAUAAAAUGCUUGGCCGCAUUGGUGCGGAUGACAUCCUGAGCAGGUGCAGCCAGGUGUCUGUCGGCGUGCUGACCCAUUGCAAUACUGGCUCACUAGCAACAGCUGGUUAUGGAACUGCAUUAGGUGUAAUUCGCUCGCUAUUUGAGAGAGGAAAACUACACCAUGCCUACUGCACAGAGACUCGCCCAUACCAUCAAGGAUCGCGUCUGACGGCAUUUGAAAUAGUCUAUGAACAAAUUCCAGGGACGUUGAUAUGCGACAGUAUGGCAGCUAUCCUCAUGAAGAAACGUGAUAUCUCUGCUGUUGUUGUUGGUGCUGAUAGGGUCGUUGCUAAUGGUGAUACAGCUAACAAAAUCGGGACCUACCAGUUGGCAAUUUUGGCUAAAUAUCAUGAUAUUCCCUUUUAUGUGAUUGCACCGUCCACAUCGAUAGAUUUGAGUAUGCGGACGGGCGACGAGAUACAAAUUGAGGAGAGACCUCCAGAGGAGCUGGUUCAUAUCAAGGGGAUCAAAAUAGCGGCAGACGGUAUAAACGUUUGGAACCCUGCCUUUGAUGUCACGCCUGCGAAACUCAUCACUGGAGGAAUCGUCACAGAGUAUGGACUUUUCAAGCCUGAAGAAAUGGAAGAACGGCUUCUGGCUGUGAAGAAGAAAUAACGUCUGCUGAACUUAGGGACUUCCAUUAUUUUUCAUUUUAUUAAAAUUAUUGGGUUUUGAAGGUGGAAUAAUUUAUCUAGGUGAAAGUUUGGAAUGGUGGUCUUACAGAUGCAUGUUUCUUCUAAUUAUUCCUAAUAAUACCGCUUGUAGUAAAGUCAGUUGUUGUCUUGAGGUGCCUAAUUACCUCCAUUGUAAUUUUAUAUAUAGUAUGUCAGAGUAAAUAAAAAACUAUUUAUGAAAUGAGCAUAAUGCCAUCCUCAAUUUAUUUUUAUCUUCAUUGAAAUGCUGUAUUACGACUUGUAGGAAUAACAGUACGUACCAUAAUAUCUCUGUAAACAGGGCAAUUAACCCUUCACACCAAGCUAAUUGGCUUAAAUAAACUUGAUUGCCCAUGGCCAAUGUAAUCGUUGAGGUGUGGUAAUUGGACGACUUGACUGAAACAUUUAGCAGUGCCCUUAUUUUUUUGUAUUGGUAGUGUAGUCUGGUGGAAUUUAGUAAAACUAACAACAAUGGGAGACGCCCGUGAACUGCGUAAUGUGGCAAAAUCUCUGAAUUUGGGUGGAGAUGAUCAUUUUUUCGGCUCGCUUAUAUAUUAUUGCUCUUACCUUUUACAGAUGUAUUGUCCGCCUGAUGCUCAUGAUGUGAUGUGUGACCUGCUCUUUAAAUUAAUACCAGUAGGCUCUCCACUUCAGAAACUGAGCUAUACAAUCAUGAGCUGAUUGUGUGCAUAGAUAUCUUUAAAAGGAUUUAUGACACAUGAAAUUUGCUAUCUGAUAUCAUUUGUAUUGUUAUUCGAAAGUAGAUAGUAAUUAAAAAUUGUACACACAGUGCAAUCAGUUGAAAUCGGGACGACCUAGUACAUGUAGUAAUUAAUACGUCAUGUGGACUGUCCCAAUUGUUUGACAAAAUCAUAAGUCAUGUAAGUGGGACAUAUUGUGUACAAAAAUGUAGAUGUUGAUAUCAGAAAUCAAAAACGUGUCAAGCCCUUGUC